AUGUCAGGCUGGAGAUAUGCAUUUGCUCUGAGCAAACAAGAGGUCGCGGCCGCUACACCACCGGGAACAGCGAGGUUACUGGACGAAUCUACCCGCAUAUCAACGUCUCCCAACUCAUUUACUCGAUUUCCACCGCCAUCUGAGGACCCAGCGGACCCUCUGAACUGGGCACGAUGGCGGAAACUCGCGUUGCUCCUGGUUGUCUCGUUUUAUUCAUUUUGUGGCAACUUUACAUCUGCGAGCAUUGCGCCAGCACUUCAAUUAUGGUUUAAAACAUUUCCCAGCCAAGUUCGGCCUUAUGGUGACCUGACGCACUUCAUCGCUGUCAACACCUUAUUCCUCGGGACGUCCAACAUCUUGUGGGUUCCCUGCUCAAACAUCUUUGGUCGGAGGCCAGUGUUAUUGGCCGCGACGCUGCUGAUGACAGUCGCCACCAUAUGGUGCGCUGUCUCAACCACCUAUAACUCGGUACUGGUGGCAAGAUUGUUCCAAGGCAUAGGGGCUGGCGCCUCUGAGACCGUAGCCCCGGCCCUGAUUGGCGAGGUCUUCUUUGUAGAUGAACGUGGGCGUGCAAUGGCUGUCUAUACAAUGUUCCUGGCUGCAGGCUCGCUUAUUGGCGGCAUUGCUGGCGGUUACAUCGGCUUUUCAAAAGGCUGGGCGGAUAUUUUCUGGGUAGGAGUCGCUAUUUCCGCUUUCUGCUUUGUCUGCACUAUCUUGCUUGUGCCAGAGACACUAUACGAUCGUGUAGUCUCGCCCGUGGAAACUACGACCGGCUCUAAUAGCGGUGAGAAGGGGAGCGAAAUUCGCAUUGAGGAUUCUAGGAGUCAAAUGCUGGACUAUCGCCCAUACACCUUUGGAAGGUCGCUUGGGUUCACACACUACCGCGGCAAUGUGGUCAGCAAUUUUGCGGCACCAUGGAAGACGCUCUGGCUCCCUGGCACUUGGGUUGUGAUGUUCCAUUAUGCCGGCCUAGUCGGUGGGAUCGUGACAAUCUCCGUCAUCGGUCCUCAGCUGGUUGCCUCACCACCUUAUCUCUGGGGAAACAAUGUUGGGCUCAUAAACAUUGGAGGAUUGGUUGGCACACUCUUGGGCGCGGCAUACACUUACAUCCUCUCAGACGCCCUGCUCAAGAAGAAUGUCAAGACUUCUGGCAGUGGUCUCGCGGAGGCAGAGAGCAGGCUCCCAAUUAUGUUUCUAUCUCUUGUCGUCGCGACCGGCGGUUUCUUAGUCUUUGGAUUUUCUGCCCAAUACCCCUCCAAGAAUGGCUGGGUUGGCCUAUGUGCCGGCUAUGCAAUGGUUGCUUUUGGCCUAAUGCAGCUCCCCUCCGUCGGUUUCAACUACCUUAUUGACGCCUACAAACAACGAGCUGGUGAUUGUUUCGUCAUGGUUACCAUUAUACGAGCCACUAUCGCCUUUGCCUGGACAUUUUUUGUUGCGAAUUGGGUCGCGGAGAAGGGACCGGCGGAGCCGUUUGGCAUAUUUGGAAUGCUCAUGGGCCUCUUCUCUCUAUUAACCAUCCCUCUGUGGAUGUUUGGCAAGAGGAUGAGAAUUGCAACAAGUAAGCUUGUGGAAUCUUGA